AUGACAGACUCUCAAUCGCCGGGUGCGAGUGCACCUUCAGAUGGCAAGCCCGAAAUAACCGGUUUCAUCCCUGGUGAUGACACCUGGACCCAGUUCAAGAAUAUUUAUUCCAUCCUCACGGGCAAGAUGUCCAACGAGGGAAUGGAACAGUUCCGUGUGGCUCGAGACGAUCGCAAUGAAGUCGCAGAUUGCAAGCGCUGUGAAGACCAGCGCGACUACCUCCUGCAAUACAGUCCUACGAUUCGUUUCCUCAGCGAGAGCAUUCAACAAUUAGGAGGUGAUCUUCAUAAGCACAACAUCCAUUGUCGCCGUUGUACAGACCGAAAGGGCGGUGGCUUCGAUCCGGAAUAUGGCAUUCUGCUUUGCGCCAACGAGAUGAAGGACCAGGGACAGCUCGAAGACACAAUGGCCCACGAAAUGGUCCAUGCGUUUGACCACCUGAGAUUCAAGGUCAAUUGGACCGACAACCUACGACAUGCGGCCUGUGCUGAGAUUCGAGCGAGUUCACUGAGUGGAGAAUGCCGAUGGGCGCGCGAGUUCUUCCGCAGAGGACAAUGGAAGCUCACGCAGCAGCAUCAAGAGUGUGUUCGACGCAGAGCUGUUCUUUCUGUGAGAGCACGCCCAACUUGCAAAGACGAAGCCCAUGCUACCAGGGUAGUCGAUGAAGUUUGGGAUAGUUGUUUUAGGGACACCCGCCCAUUUGAUGAGAUUUACCGAUGA